AUUAGAUAUAAACAAUCAACGAAGCGAUUACGUUACAUUCCAUCUCUCUUACAUUGUUUGUUAUUAAAUUCAAGGACCACUGAGUAAUUUAUUUACAUUAUCAUUUAUAAACACUAGUAAUCAGAACUAAUAUUAAGUAAAAAAUUUAGAAAAUGAGUUUUAAACCAACAUCGUUUCACGUUUUAGAAAGGCAACUAACACAAAAUCACAUAGUGUGGACUUAUCCCACAAUAAAUGAAGAUCUAAAAGCACUUAUAGUACAAACUUGUUAUUAUCAAGGUUUUGAGGCUACUGGACUGUAUUAUUACGUGAAGGUUGAUAACCAAUGGAUUUAUAUCAAGCAAUUUAUUAGUAAAAAUGAUAAACCGGCAGCUAUUAUAGUAACUUCUCACUAUUACCAACCGAAUCUAUACGAAAUCAUAUGUGACUUACUAGUUACAAGUUAUAGUAACGAAAAGAAUUUUGUUAAUUUGGUUCAGAUAUAUUUAAAUAUAUACAUAACGAACGGCGUGUCUGUAGAAAAUAAUUUUAUAAAUUUGUCUUGUUUCCCUUGGAAAACUGAUGUUAAAGGAAUAAUAAAGCAUUUAGGAAUAGAAAUAAUUUUAGUAUAUAAUGCAUUGUUAUUGAAAAAACAAAUUUUAGUUUAUCAUCCUAACAUAGAAGAAUUACAGGAGAGUUUGGCCUCGUUAACAAGAUUAAUCUCAUUUAGAAAACCCGAAGAUUUUUUACAACCUUUUAUUAGAACAGUAACUGAAUUACGAAAGACUUCCAAAUAUUAUUUAAUAGGCACAACGAACAAAAGUUUGAUAAAUCAGAAGAAUAUUUGUGAAAUAAUCGUCGAUCUAGAGUCAAAAUUUGUUGAUUAUUCUCUUAACCCAAAAGAUUUUGAAUUGUGUUAUUUACACAAAGAAGUGGCGCAAUUUUUACUGCAAAUUUCGGAAAGUGAAGAGACUGAAAAGCGUGCCGUAGAAUCAAUAUCAAAUAAAACCAGUGAAAUAUUCCAACUUCUGAAUAAGUUAAAAAACAACGAAGGGAAAAUAGAAAUUGAGGAUAUAGGAAAUAAAAAAAAUAAUAAAAGCUUAGUUAAAUUUUUAAUUAGUUUAGCUAAAGCAGAGAACAUAUUAGUAAUAUAAAAAAGUUGAAUAUUU